GACGACGCUGAGACAAAACAGAACGUUACAACGUACCGAGACGCUGUGCAGCUUUAACUCCAUUUUAUUCUGCCUCUAGUACUCACUCUUCUUGGAAUUUCAGAAAAUAUCUCAAUUGGCCAUCUCUUAUCUGCUAUUCCAUUCCCACUCUUUCUUAAAGCGAACCCAUUAACGGUAAGAGAAACUAUAAAAUGAGCAUGGCAGUGUAAAUCAUGGGUUUAUUUCACUUAGCAAACUGUCUAGUGUUGGCUACUGGUCCUCAUUUGCUGGUAUACAAGUCUAGUGGGAUACCAGAAAAUGAUGCUUUUUGGCCCUGUUGCAAAAUUGCAUGCGUGUACGCACUUACACAAAUUUUGAAGUUUUUUCUGGUCACCUUAGCUCCUCAUACCUAUUUACCUAAGGGAGAUUCUAUGACAUUUGUAUGCUUGUUUAUUUCAAUAAUCGUUUCAGGAUGUUUUUGGUAUAGUAUUGGAGAUAAUAGUAAUCACUAUGAUUGUACGUGGAUCACUUUGUAGAAGUGAGUUCAAUGUAGUAGCAUCCAGUGUAGGCUGGUCGAUCGCUUCAUUAGUAGCCACAAGGUGAGCUUUCAAACCCUUAAUUAAUGCCAUCAGAUAUGUCCCGAUUUGGGUUGGCACGCGUGGACUAGAAUUCGACUGGAAAUAUUUGUGUUUGAGUUACGAAGCAAACUUAGAUUUGGUUGAUACAUUUGUGAUGUUUUAUUCUGUUUGGUUACUGUCACGUCGCUCAGGCCCUACUUGGAGCACUCUAUUGGGCCUUCUCACCGUUAUAGCGGGGCCAGCUAAAAGUAUACUCUAUGCAUUAUUAUCCCACGAAAUUGAGAACAUCUUCGUAACUCUCACGAUAAAAACAAUCAUUUGCAUUAUCUUUGGAAUUACAACUAUGAUAAUACGAUUACAAAGACAUACUGAUCGAAGUGAAACCCGGGAAUCCCAAGGAUUAUUCACCAUUAUUCGUUUGUUAUAUCAGUUGAUAACGGGACGAUACAUAUGUGCGUACAAAAGUCGAGGCUCAAAAUCCAGCUCAUCAGUGUUUCUCAAAAAUGUAAAAUGAAAAGUUCGUUUCAAAACGCUUGUCUACAAACAAAGUCUUUCCACUGUGCAACCUACAAUUAAGAAAAUGAUUAUUCUAGCGUUAUUUAUACGUAUUUUGAAAACAGAAAAUGUUUCAAAUGCUAGUUUCUUUAAUAAAAUAAAUGUGAUGUAAUCCAAA